AUGCAUCCUCACAGUGACAAGCCUGAAAUUAUAUCAACAUACGCUCCAUAUUCUGAGUAUUACUCUGGUACUAAAUUUUAUCUGGCUCUUAUAACUAGCCGUCAGCCUUGGGAAAAUUUUAACAACGCUGCGCCUGACUCAAAUAUCUCUUCCCAAGACAGUACCAUUGUUGCCACAGCUAUCCCGUAUAUUACGGAUGAGUUCCACUCCCUCAAGGAUGUUGGAUGGUAUGGUAGUUUCUACUUGAUGGCUGUGUGCAUGUCGCAGUUCCUAUAUGGCAAGCUGAGCGCACGUUACUCCAUCCGUUGGAUCGAUAGCACUGCUGUGUUCCUAUUCCUCGUUGGUUCUGCUAUCUGCGGUGCUGCACCUAGCUCUCCAGCUCUUAUUGCAGGCCGUGCUAUUGCUGGCCUGGGGUCGUCCGGUCUUCUAGUCACGGUUUUCUCGCUUGUCCCUAUCCUUGGUCCACCAACCAAGCGCCCUAUUAUCCUUACCUUGAACAUAAUUGCCCGCUCACUUGCUUCUACUGCUGGCCCCCUAGGUGGCACUAUCUACGCCUGGAGAAACGCUCGCAUGAUUGCACUGCUGGUCAUCUUUGGUCUCCUCGGGCUUGCAUUUAUUGUCAUCGAGAUCUGGCAGGGGCAGAAUGCGUUCUACCUCCCAGAAUGGUUCCAAGGAGUUAAGGGCGCCAGUCCAUUCACAUCAGCAGUGCAGACCUUGCCGUGGCUCAUUACAAGCGUUCUUAUCCUGCUUGUGGGUGGAGCAGUCAUUGCUAAGCCGGGGCAUCCUGAAAUUUGGAUGCUCGUCGGAUCCGCCUUUGGGGCCGUUGGUUCCGGCCUCUUCACCACAUUCAAGAUCGACAUACGCACGGAUAAAUGGAUUGGCUAUCAGAUUAUACUUGCCAUCGGGUCAGCCUUGUUCAGUGUAACCACCAUUAUGGUUGUACAGGCCGCGCUUACCUCGAAGGAUGUUCCAAUCGGUUCCAGCAUGUCCAUGUUUGCGCAGACGAUGGGCAGUACCAUCUUCCUAUCCGUGGGUCAAGCCCUCUUUACGAAUAACCUGGCUCAUGGCUUACAGCGCCUUGGGAUAGAGAGACUUCAUCCGAAUAUAGUCUCAACUAGUGGGCUCUUGAGCCUUACCACGGGUCUACCUCCUGACACCAAGAUGGCGGUUCUGGGCACCAUCAACAAUGCCCUAGUAGACUCAUGGCGUCUGUCGAUGGUCUUGACCUGUAUCUCUGUUGUUGGUGCCAUGCCCGUGCAACACCACGGAUCCAAGUCAAAAGGACACGGCUCAGGAUAA